GACUACGAGUUUCUAUUUCAAGAGACCACUCACUGCAACAACAAGAACAAAGACAUGGACUGAUUCGGCGUCCAGGAGGCCACACUAUCUCUGUGCAGCGCAGUCUGGGGUCCGAAUUCGAAACAGAAGCAAUCUUUGGUAAGAUCGAAUUUCGAACAUUAUUGAGAAGAACAAGAAGAAGGCUUGGGAAAAUUAGAAGCAGAAGAACGAACGAAUUCUCCCAACUGGCGAAAAAAUGGCGGAAUUCUUGGAGCUGGAAACUCAGGACGGUGUAAGGAUGCCAUGGAAUGUGCUUCCGGGGACCAAACAGGAAGCGAGCAACUGUGUUGUUCCCAUCUCCGCAAUAUACACUCCGAUCAAGCCCUUCCCGAACCUGCCAGUUCUGUCCUACGCUCCUCUCCGCUGCCGGACCUGCUGUUCCGUGCUCAAUCCUUUCUCAAUCGUCGAUUUCGCGGCCAAGAUCUGGAUCUGCCCCUUCUGUUUCCAACGCAAUCACUUCCCCCCGCAAUACGAAUCCAUCAGCGAAGAGCAUCUCCCCUCCGAGCUCUUCCCGCAGUACACUACCAUCGAGUAUGAAUAUCCAGGUGAAAACCCUUCUUCUUCUUCUUCUUCUUCCCCCGUCUUCAUGUUCGUGGUGGAUACUUGUAUCAUCGAGGAGGAGAUGGCUUUCCUUAGGUCGGCCUUAUCUCAGGCGAUCGACCUUCUGCCGGACAAUUCCCUCGUUGGGCUCAUCACUUUCGGGACAUUGGUUUACGUUCAUGAGUUGGGUUUCGGCCAGCUUCCCAAGACCUACGUCUUUAAGGGCUCCAAAGACGUGUCCAAGGAACAGCUGCUCGAGCACAUGAGCUUUUUCCUCAAAAAGCCAAAACUUCCCGCCGGUGUCAUUGCCGGUUCCAGAGACGGACUCUCUUGCGAGAGCAUUUCGCGCUUUCUUCUGCCCGCUUCCGAUUGUGGCUUCGCUCUUAAUUCGGUUCUAGAGGAGCUGCAGAAAGAUCCCUGGCAAGUACCAACUGAUCAGAGGGCUACCAGAUGCACCAGCACUGCUCUUAGUGUAGCUGCUUGUUUGUUGGGAGCGUGUGUUCCUGGUUCUGGAGCUAGAAUUAUGGCGUUCGUUGGUGGUCCAUCUACAGAGGGUCCUGGGGCUAUUGUAUAAAAGAAUCUUUCUGAGCCAAUUCGAUCGCACAAAGACUUGGAUAAAGAUUCAGCACCAUAUUAUCACAAAGCUGUCAGAUUCUAUGAGGGACUUGCAAAGCAACUUGUUCAUCAAGGCCAUGUACUGGAUCUCUUUGCUUGUGCCCUUGAUCAGGUAAUUUUUUACUUGUUCACCAAGGUCAUGAACAAAUUUUAAUGUCCAACAUCUAGUUUUGUGGAAUCGUGGUUCGCUUUAUGAUGGUUGGGUGGCAUUUAGUUUGUCUCUUUUUCCUUUUAGUUUCUCUAUGACACUAUAUUCUAUACAAAGGUUGAAAUAUUUUUUACACUAUGUGCCCUAAACUUAUGUGAUUCCCCGGCACUCAUUAUUCUAAAACUGUGAUGAAGUAACUUUUAUUUUGGCACCAAUUAUUUCUCAGUAGCAAUUUAGUGGUGAAUAUCCUUUUACUGCCGUUAUGUGUGUUUUGUUAUCUUGUUCUUUGUUAAUCAAUGACCCAUCCGAUGUAGGAGGCAACUUUCACUUAUUCUGUUGCUGGGCUGAAAAUUCAAUAUUUUCUUCCCAUUGUAACUUCACCUUGCGGAGUUUAACUUCAACGGAUUGGUCUAGUAGGAAAUUUACGUGGUGGUAGUAAUUUACAAACUAAUAUUUAGUUUUUAAAUGACCAAGAGCUACUUAAGUUGGGUUUUAUUUUAUUUGUCACUUGAUCUUGUUAGGUUGGAGUUGCUGAGCUCAAAGUUUCCGUUGAAAGAACUGGUGGCCUAGUGGUGCUUGCAGAAAGCUUUGGCCAUUCCGUGUUCAAGGAUUCUCUUAGACGUGUUUUCCAAUCAGGCGACAAUGACCUUGGGCUAUCAGCAAAGUACGGAUGCUUCUUUCUAACUGAUUGAGUUGUUAUAUCUGUUUUUGGAUUUGUUUUGCUGUAAUUCUACUUGUGACCUGUAGGAUUGAAGAUGAUGUGCCUUACUUCCCUUGAUUUUUAUUGGAUAUCCUCCAUGUGCUAUCGUUACUCUUGUUUACGUGCCUGUGAUUUGUUAAACUAGUUCUCUAUGAAGACUUCGUCAAGCAUAGCGAAGAAACAUUUCAUACUCCUUGAUUUUAUAAUCAUGUUUAUGGUUUUUGGAUAGUUAAAAUGAGGCAUCUGCCUAGUUUAAAUUUCUGGCAUCAGGGCCAAAAAUGGCCAGGGUAAACUGAUACCAAAUCCAAUAUUCUGUCGUUCUGCACUUAACUGGUAGUUCAUAUUGUCAGAUGAUACAAAGGAAAGGAGCAUGGUUUGCUCUGCCACCUCAAUGAAAUAUUUUUUUGAAG